UUUCUCCUGGGACAAGAACUCGAGUUUUCAGAUCCUGACAAUGACAACAAGAUCAUAGGUCUUGAAAAGUUCUCAGAUGGAAGAAGUCAGCCUACCAUUCUGGAAAAUUUCUCUGGUUUUGGCAUUCUGACAGAACAUACAAUUUCAAAAUGGCAAAUCAGGAAAAAAUACACUGUGCCACCACUAUUAUAUAAGGGUCAUCAAGACAGUCAUCACCAUCAAGGACACAUUAUAAUAAGGCAUUUAGUCAUCAUCAUCAUCAUCAUCUCCUCUCAGGGUCUUUAUCAUAGUUGUCAUCAUCACCAUCAUCAUCAUCAUCAUCAUCUCCCCCUCAUCAUCAUCAUCAUCAUCAGCAGGACCAUUAUAGUCAUCAUCAUUAUCAUUAGGCUGGGUAAUCAUCCACCUGGGGUUUCUGAAACGAGCGAUAUAAAGGCCUGUUCAGACUUCAGACUCACACAUUUCUCCAAAUUGCAUGUGCAUGAGGAGCUUGCAGAAGGAAAGCAACGUUUCAUGGAAAGACAGUGAGCAGAAACACUAUAGUCUUGUGUUUUGUUGGAGUACCACCUUUUAUUUGUUGCAUUACUUAACGUUUGUCCACUGGCUUAGUGGGUAAGUAUAAAUGCCAAAUAUUUUUCCUAUAACUUCAGCUGUUGAUAUUUUGUGCAAAAUUUGUACUUUUGACAACUGUAGAUGCAUGUGAUCUUGCAUAAAAGUUUACUUUUUUUGUGUGAGCAUUUGUCUUUAGUAACUUGUAAUAGUAAGAUACUAAUAUUACUGUCAACUUAUACUGAAAUAAUAAUUUAUCAGCCCCAAAUUGUAUUCGAAUGCUUGCACACUAUCUGAGAUGGCAGAAAACAUAUCUAUGCAGCUGCAUAAUGUAAUGCAGUUUCCUGCUGUGGUCCUGUACAGCUGACAUCAGUCUGCCUGGCUUCCCCCUGGGAGACGAGGAGAGCUCCCCCUUCAGCCGCCUCAGUAUGGAGAGUGACGCCGAUGACCUGCGUGCGACCGAAAGCGAGCGUGAAGAGAGGGUUUCUGAGUCUGCCUUUCCCUCUUACCUCUCUUGCAGGGGCUGUGGUCAGCUCCUGGAAGACCCCCUGGGACCCGGCAUGGACUUGGUGGGGCCUUUCUGCAUGCGCUGCUGCAAAGGGAAUGCGAAUGGUGUUGUGGACAGGAAGCUCUGCUCGGGCUUAGUCUUACAAGCGGAGUCUAGAGGGGGAGGGAAUGAGGGCGCUGGUGGCGAGGAUGGUUCCCUAAAGCUCCACUCAUGCACGCUCUGUGGUUUCACGUCGCGCUACACUAACCACGUUAAGAGGCACAUGAAGACGCACAAUGGCGAAAAGCCGUACGGGUGUCCGCUGUGCUCCUACGCAUCGGCACAGCUAGUAAACCUGCAAAGGCACUUGCGCAUACACACCGGGGAAAAGCCCUAUAAGUGCAACCACUGCACAUUUGCGUGCAGUUCCUUAGGGAACCUGAAGAGGCACCAGCGUAUGCAUGCAGCUGUAAGCCCGGGUCAGAGUGCCCCUCAGCCAAUAAGUGGCAACGGUUUAAACCACAUUACAACGGGUCAGAAGGAAAAGGAAGCUGCUCCUGCCCCCACCGAAGUUCCAGGUGCUGUGCAGUCUGCCCCGCGACCCCACAUGGGAAGGGAUGGAAACUACUUGCACGCCCUUGAUGGCCUCAGGCUUGCGCAGCAGUCAUCAACAGGGUUGUUGCAGUCAGGACAGGCUGUGUCUGAACCUGCCUCCUUGCCCCCAAUGUUCUUCCCCUUCACUUGUCGGCUCUGCAGCAUGGCCCUGGAUGACGAAGACAGAUCCUCGGCCCAAAUAUGCGCAAAGUGCACCCUGGAGAUGCUAACUAAGGACACACCCGGAUGCCCCGCUGAGCGAGGGGACAAGGUCUACACCUGUGCUGCCUGCCCCUUCCUCACCCACUACCCGAACCACCUGGCCCGCCACAUGAAGACCCACAGCGGAGAGAAGCCAUACAAGUGCCCGCAGUGUGACUACGCCUCCGCCCACUUCGACAACCUCAAGCGGCACCAUCGAGUACACACUGGCGAGAAACCCUAUAAGUGCCACCUGUGUGACUAUGCCUGCGGCAACCUGGCUAAUCUCAAGAGGCACCAGCGGGUGCAUUCGGGCGCCAAACCCUUUCAGUGCGCCAUCUGCAACUACAGCUGCAACCAGAGUAUGAACCUGAAGCGGCACAUGUUGCGCCACACGGGCGAGAAGCCCCAUAAGUGCCAAGAGUGUGGCUACACCACUGGCCACUGGGACAAUUACAAACGACAUCAGAAGAAGCAUAGCCUCACUACAGAUGGCUGGGUUAAAGUGCAGAUGGCUGAAAAUGAGGAAGAGGUGGAGGACGAGGAAGAGGUGUAGCCUCUUAUUGCAAGACAUAGUCGUCCAUAUGAGAUUUUACUGUUACUGCAUAAGCUUUGUUGGUUGCUUUUCUUUUUCUUUGUGCCCUCAUUUAUUUUGAAAGUCAUUAUUUUAGACAUUUCUUGGAAUUGUCCACAAGCUGCUACAUGAAGUCAUGCACAAAUUAAAAGACAGUUACCUGAAUGUCCUAAUGCAGGGGUUGUCCAGUCCUGCUCCUGGAGGGCCAACCUUCUUGCAGACUCUAAAUACACUAAACACACCUGAAAUGGCUAAUCAAGGUCUUUAGGAAUCCUUGAAACUUCCUGCAGGGUUUGUGGGAGAUGGUUGGCACUAAACUCUGCUGGAAGGUGGUCCUCCAGGAGCAGGUUUGAACACUCCUGAUUAAUGUCUUUGAACAAGGCAGUUUGUUACACAAAGCUCUCUAAGAGUGUUCUCUGAGCCUGAUUGUGGUUCAUUUAUCAGUGCCAAACUCCGCACCACUACCAUAGGAAGUUCUUCUUUAAGCCUGGAGCUACACUGCAUGCACUUAAGUUUACCUUGAUUGGCUCUUUUGAGGUUUUAUGUGAUUGAUCAUUUGUCCGUCAAAGAUAUUCUCAACCCUACUGAUGAAAAUGUCUUUACAGAUGAGCAUUAUGUUGUGAUCUUUGAUCAUCUUGUUUUUGCUCUCAAUAAUUCUGAGGGAUUAUGUUGCCUUUUAUUGUUGUGUAUCUUUUUGACUGUGAAAAAUGCCAUUUGUCUGAGUUCACUUGAAGCAAAAUGGUGCAUAGUGGGUAUUUGUGUCAUGCUGAACAGAGCUUUUAUUUUUGUAUGUGAUUUUAUUUUUUAUCUCGGAGGAAUGUUUGGCAUGUAUUUGCCACCCAUGGCAUUGUUAGCUGUACUGAAGGACGACAGUAACCAUAAACCCUAAUAUGCAGUUAAACCUUCAGGUUGCCAAAAACGACUGAACAUUGAUGGAAUCUUGUAGGUGUGUGAUGCUUGAGUGUUUUCUUGUUAUUAUGCAGUGGUUUCAUUAAUGCCUUAAAUAUCCUCAAAUAAAAGAGUUUGUGUUGAAACUUGCUCAUCUCAAUUUAUUUGCCAUCUUUCAGUCACCCAACUGCUCAGAAGCAAGUUACUAACAGACCAGCAGGAUAUGAUUAAGAUGCUGAGACAGGCAGUGUGUAAUCCUCACACUUCCAUAAUGAGAGCUGUAAUCCUCUGCUGCGAACAGCUCUGGUAAACAUGCUAAUGAAGACAGCGCCCCGGGCAGCACCGGAGCACUGACAACUCUUGCCGUGAUCUUCGUGCUGUUAGAUUGUGAGAAUGAGUUUUAGAUUGUUUUUCUGAAGUGUUGCAGCCUGUUUUGAGGCAAAAGCUUACAUUAAAAGGAAAUUUGACGAUCUGUGAUCACUGAAUGAUGAUUCAAAUUGUAGGAGGUCAAAAAGCUACAUUUCAUGCUAAUAGUGUUUUUUAGCCAGGACCUUGGACCUUUAGUGGGUUUUUACACACUAGCUAAGCACAGGAGGC